UGUGGAGCAGUUAGAUGUAUCACUGGGACUAAAAACUCACCUGAAAUUCUUGGAUAAUCUCCUUUGGACAAGAUUAGCCUUCCAUAUUCCAUUGCAGCUGAAUGAAAGAAUCCUUCGACCCAGGAGUUUUUUUAGAAGAAAGAAGCCCUGGGGGAACACCUCAACUUGUUGGGAGGAUAACAGCACAGAGCUGGAUGCUCAGACCUUUCCGGCAUCCGACCUUCAUCGGGAAAGCUGAGUCUGCAGAAGAAAGGAGAAACUGAAAACUCAGCCAUCCUUCCAUGUGAAAAACAAGUAAAGGACACAAACUCCACAGUGCAUGGACUGGAUUAAGAAGUAUACAAGGUAAACCCCCAAAUGGGACUAGAAGACUUUACAGGAAAAGGAACCAAGAACUGAAAGACCUGGUUCCCACAGGGGAGAGGCUGUAAAGAGGACUGCAGUGCACUGAAGGAGGCUCCUGUCUCAGAUCCACUCAGCCAAAGGCACUGGAUGGAAAGGAGUUUGCAAUGGAUUCUUCAUGCUUACUGGGCAAUGAUUUGUGCUCUUAUUAUAACAGCUCCCUGAGCAACUCCACUAUGGAGAAUCAAACAUGUCAGACGAACCGAACCAAACAGAUCAGGAAUGAGGAAGUUGCCAAGGUGGAGGUGGCCGUGCUCUGCCUCAUCUUCUUCCUCGCCCUAACUGGGAACCUGUGCGUACUGCUGGCCAUCCAUACGACCCGCCACAAACAUUCCCGCAUGUAUUUCUUCAUGAAGCACCUGAGCAUUGCUGACCUGGCCGUGGCCAUUUUCCAGGUCUUCCCUCAGCUCAUUUGGGACAUCACUUUCCGGUUCUAUGGGCCCGAUUACCUCUGCAGGGUGAUCAAAUACCUGCAGGUGGUGGGAAUGUUUGCUUCGACUUACAUGCUCUUGUUGAUGUCCCUGGAUCGGUGCUUAGCCAUCUGUCAGCCCUUGAGAUCUUUACACAGGAGGUCUGACCGGUUGUCCGUUCUCCUCACCUGGAUUGUGUGUCUUCUGUUCAGCCUUCCGCAGCUCCAGAUAUUUUCCAUGAGGGAUGUGGGCAAUGGGGAGAUAGACUGCUGGGCAAAUUUCAUCAAGCCUUGGGGUUCCAAAGCCUACAUCACCUGGAUGACCUUGACUGUCGCGGCGAUUAUCCCUGUGUUCAUAACGAGGUUCUGUUAUGGUCUGAUAGCUUCACAAUCUGUUUAGUCAAAGUGAAGUCGAAAAUCGUCCACUUAGACAAACAUGACUCUGACCUCUAGCCAUCCUCACAGGGGCACCCUCUCCAGGGUCAGCAGUGUGAAACUCAUUUCCAAAGCAAAGAUCCGGACUGUGAAAAUGACCUUCAUCAUAGUCUUAGCUUUCAUUCUGUGCUGGACUCCUUUUUUCAUUGUGCAGAUGUGGAUUGCAUGGGAUGCUAAUGCACCAAAAGAAGCAUUGCCAUUCAUAAUAACUAUGCUGCUGGCGAGUUUGAACAGUUGUUGCAACCCUUGGAUCUACAUGCUUUUCACGGGUCAUCUUUUCCAUGACCUUUUGCACCGAUUCGUCUGUUGCUCCUCCCACUAUUUAAAAUCACGACAAGGAUGUGACCUCAGCGUCAGCAAGAAAAGCAACUCCUCCACAUUUGUCCUGAGUCUCAAGAGCUCCAGCCAGAGAAGCUUCACACAACCAUCCACAGCAUGAAGGACAACCUAGGUCUCCAUGAAGUGCAUCACAGUCAGCUGGGUGAACUGAUUUCAGUAUGUGUGUGUUUAUGGAUGUAAAGCAAUGGCAAAUGGUGUUUGGAUGUAAAUACAUAUAUACAUACAUAUAUAUUAUAUACAAAAUAUAUUAAAAUGUGUGUAUGUAAA